CAGAGUGAGAGGAGAAAAGAGGGAGAGGAGGAGACGAGACAGAGAGGACUAUAGAAAGGAGAACAGUCUCCACGGCUCUGCAGCUUUUGACAAGGCAGCCUAAGAAACAGGAUGUUAAUGAUUGACGGAAUGCCUGCAGUCCGAGUCAAAGCUGAGCCCCUGGAAUCGGAACAAGGGUCGCCUAAAGUUCGCCCUUAUUCUGCGAUGGAUGGCAUCCCCUUCUUCCUCAGCAGAGUGAAACCUGAACCCCCAGAAGACCUGCUCGCUCAUGACAUCCACUUCCACACGCAGACUGAGCCUGUCGACCUGUCAAUCAACAAACCCCGCCCCUCCUCUUCAUCCAUCACCACCAAAACCUCAUCAACCUCCUCGUCAUCGUCUCCACACAGAUCUGCCUUCUCCCCAUCUUCACUGUCGUCAUCGUCUUCGUCCUCAUCCUCUCCAUCGGUUAUCACCUCAGCCUCGUCGGUGCUCACACCAGGCCCUCUGGUCGCCCCUGGAAGUGGGGUGAGAGGUCAGCCAUAUUUGCACAUCCUGCAGUCUGUGCCGCCUUCUCCGUCCAGCCCCCUGAGCCUGCAGGGAGCAGGGAAGCUGGCCAGCCAUGUUCACCGCAUCCCAGUUGUGGUGCAGUCUCUGCCCCUCAUGUACACCACCGCGAUGCGAUCGCCCUCCAGCCUUAACAACGCUAUCAUGCUACCUCUGCUGGAAGAGGCCAAAAGCCAGGGCAAAGCAUUCAUGGACCCCAGCGGCCUGUCACCGAGGCAGAUUAAAAGUGAUAGUGAUGACGAUGACCUGCCAAACGUGACGCUGGACAGUGUUAAUGAGACCGGCUCCACUGCGCUGUCUAUAGCCCGCGCUGUACAAGACUCCAUGUCCCCGUUCAGUAUUGACAGCAUACGACGCCCCCGGAGGUCAGAGUCGCCCGAGUCGAAAAAAAGAAGAAUCCACAGAUGUGACUUUGAGGGCUGUAAUAAAGUGUACACCAAAAGCUCACAUUUAAAAGCACACCGGAGGACGCACACAGGGGAAAAGCCAUACAAAUGCACCUGGGACGGUUGCACCUGGAAGUUCGCCCGCUCCGAUGAACUGACGAGGCAUUACAGAAAACACACGGGCGUGAAGCCCUUCAAAUGUGGAGACUGUGACCGCAGCUUCUCCAGAUCCGACCACUUGGCCCUGCACCGACGGAGACACAUGCUGGUGUGAAUCAGAACAAGAGUGCAUCAGAGAGGUCCAUGGAACAGCACACACCGACACACACCCACACACACACAGGCAGCCAAGGGAGCAGGAUCUCCUUCUGAAUGUUGUUCAGCUGGCCUGGAUGCCCACACAUGCACACUCAUGCACUCACACACACACACACACACACACACACUGAUCCUCAUCCUUCACAAGGUGAGGAGACAGAGGGACGGAGGUGCACAGAGCUUGCGGAGCACAAAAACAGGGUCACUUCUGGAUCUUCUUUGGAUUGGAAGGAAGAAAUGGCAGGAUCUUUGAACGCCAGUGGAUUAUAAUAAGGAACUGUGUUUAACAGCAUUGUUGGUUAAUGUUUCCCUUUGAUUUUUAAGAUGAAGUCUCACUCUUUAUAUGAACAAUCCACACGCACACAAAACACCCACCCAGACACACAACGCACGCGUAUGUGUUUGUGUGUUUCCAUCCAUCUUUUCAGUACUCUUCAAACAGCUGCUUUUCCAGCAUUCAUAAUGUGAAAGACCCCACUGACAACCAGAGCAGGAAGUUACACCUGGUGUUGUUACAGGAAAAGACUUGGUUCAAUUACAGACAGUAUUGUUCUGCUUUGCCUCCCUGUGAAGUUAAACUAUGCCCAGCAGAGGGCGCUGUUUCUUUACUAAUGUUUUUUUUAAUAUGGUCAGAUCUGAGGUUUCCUAAACUUUUCCUUAGCCAGCAAAGUGUGAACCACAUCAACUCAAACCUGAAAGGAUCAACUUUGUCUGCACAUUUGAUCUGCCAUCUGUCAACUGCUUCAUUUCAAAUAAUGAAAACUGGACUCACGCUUCACCACACCAGCAACAUUUUUUUUUUAAACGUACAAAAAAAACGUUACUUUACACCAAGGACACUGGAAAAGCCCAUUUCUCAUCAGUGCUAUUCUUUAUGUUGAGCCUCUUGAAAUAAUUUUCAUUAAA